AUGCCCAAGACCUACACUCACAAGUUUGAUACCCAGGCCUACAAGGGCUCUUCCACGAUUAGCACUGGGUUGUUCAUCAACGGAGAAUGGGUUGAUCCUGUUCAAGGUGACGAGAUUGACAUCGUCAACCCUGCUACCGGCGAAGUGAUCACCAAGGUCGCGAUUGGUACCAAGGCUGAUGUCGAUAAAGCUGUUGCUGCUGCCAGAAAGGCCUACAAGACCACCUGGGGAUUGAAAGCAUCUGGGUCCGAGCGUGCACGUCUCCUGAACAAACUCGCGGAUCUUAUCGAAAAGAACCUUGAAGAGCUUGCUGCGUUGGAGUCCCUUGACGUUGGCAAGGUUUACGCCAAUGCCAAGGUUAUGGAUAUCGGUGGAGCCGUCAUAGUCUUUAGGUACUACGCUGGCUGGGCUGAUAAGAUCCAGGGAACGACUGUCGAAUCUGGAGACACGAAGCUCAACUAUGUCAGGCGAGAGCCAUACGGCGUUUGCGGUCAAAUCAUCCCCUGGAACUUCCCUAUGGGAAUGUUGACAUGGAAGGUCGCACCCGCACUUGCAACCGGAAACACCGUCGUCCUCAAGCCAUCUGAGGUGACACCUUUGACCGCCCUCCGCUUCGCCGACUUGGUCGUCGAAGCUGGUUUCCCUCCCGGUGUCGUCAACAUUGUCAACGGCUAUGGCCACACCGUUGGUGCGGCCAUCGCUGAGCACCCUAAUAUCGACAAGGUCGCUUUCACUGGAAGCACCUUGACCGGCCGAAGGAUCUUGAAGGCUGCCGCGGACUCAAACCUCAAGCCUGUCACCCUCGAAUUGGGAGGCAAGAGCCCUACUAUUAUCUUCGACGAUGCCGACUUUGAGCAAGCGCUCAAGUGGACUACCGCCGGUAUCUACUCAAACAUGGGACAAGUCUGCACAGCAGGAUCAAGGAUCUUCGUCCAAGAAGGCAUCUACGACAAGUUCGUUGAGAGCUUCGCCGCGGUGGCCAAGGGCUUUGGACAGGCCACCGGCGACCCAUUCGCAGAGGGCACGAAGCACGGCCCUCAAGUCUCCCAGACGCAAUUCGAUCGAGUCCUCUCGUACAUCGAGUCGGGCAAGAAGGAGGGCGCUACUGCCAUCGUUGGUGGAGACAAGCAUGGUGAUAAGGGAUACUUCAUCCAGCCCACCAUCUUUACUGGUGUUACUAAGGACAUGAAGAUUGCCCGAGAGGAGAUCUUCGAGGUCAUCGAGUUGGCCAACGACACUGUCUACGGACUCGCAGCGUACGUCUUCUCCGAGAACAUCUCGCGAGGCAUCCGAGUAGCGCACGCUCUCGAAGCUGGUUCAGUCGCGGUCAACUCUACAGUCCCAUUCGACGUCGGAAUGCCCUUCGGUGGAUACAAGCAGUCAGGUAUUGGAAGGGAACUUGGUCAAUAUGCCAUCGACACGUACACUCAAAACAAGGCGGUCCACGUCAACAUCGGUCUCAGGAUCUAA